AAGGUUUCAGGCGUAAAUGUCCGACAAUAACCGAAUUUACAUACGGGUUAUUUUUACAAUCUCGGUCAAAAAAGUAAAUAAUAAACAGAUACUGAAUAUUAUAGGAUAUUAAAUAGAUGUCAUCGGACGAUGAAAUUCAUGGUCUGUCAGAGGAUCUGACAGACCAAGAUGGAAGUACAAAGAUUCUGAGAAUACGAGUUGUAUCAGGAACAAAUCUCGCAAAAAAAGAUAUAUUUGGUGCUAGUGAUCCAUAUGUGAGAAUAUCGCUAACAGGGGAUAGAGAGACAGUGUAUAGAGGGGACAGAGAAUCAGCAGUAAUAGAUACUGUUCAUACUGCAACUAUCAAAAAGAGCUUGAAUCCAAAAUGGGAUGAGGAGUUUCUAUUCAGGGUGGAUCCUACAAAAAAUGUAUUACUGUUUGAAGUGUUUGAUUCAAAUAGACUGACAAGAGAUGAUUUUCUUGGACUUGUGGAAAUCCCAUUGAAUCAUACAACUAUAGUAACUGAACGACCAGGCAGAGACGUUGCCUGUAAAGACUAUAUCCUUAGACCUAGAAGUAUACGUUCCCGUGUUCGUGGACAGUUGUGGUUAUAUCUGGCCUAUGUUGAUAAUGAAGAAGAGAGUGAGCCUUCCAAUGAAAACCCUUCAGCUCCCCAAGAGCCUGGUUGGGAAAUGUUAGACGGAUUCAAUGCUCUCAACACAAAUGAUGAUGGUGCAUCAGCGUCGGCAGAGUCUGCUGGGUCAGCGUCGGGACCGGAGCAGGAAGUACAGGCCCAGGAUGAACCAGUGGAGCCAUUACCACCAGGUUGGGAGGAAAAGAGAGAUGCCACUGGGAGGAGAUAUUAUGUUAACCAUACAACCAGAAAAACACAAUGGCAGAGACCUCAAACAGGGGCAUCAUAUACUGGCACCAGUACAUCAGAAAAUACACGCUCAAGUUCACGAUCACAACACCCACGCCAUUCAAGGUCGAGACAUUCAGACAACUUGAGUCCCGAGCAUAGGUCGAGUCUGAUCAUUUCAGAUCAGACUAUUUCUGAGGAUACAACGUCGGAAAGUUCUAGGUCACGUACCCAGUCAUUUGGAGCUUCAGCAAUGACAACUCCAGCGCGAAUGCCUCCAGGCUGGGAAGAAAGAGUAGAUGCUAAUGGAAGAACAUAUUAUGUUAAUCAUGCCCAUAGAACAACCCAGUGGGAAAGGCCAACAGUUGAAACUGAGACAGAACAAGAGUCUACCACCACAGAAGAUGAUACACGUCGUAUUGCACAGAUGUAUCGACAACGUCGGCAUAUAAGUGUUGAAGACACAGUUAGUCUUGGUCCAGAUGGUAACGCUUCGUCACCAGCCGGUGCCCGACGCCUUGAAUUUGCUCACCAGAAUAGGACACAGUCUCUCAAUGUUCAGUUUGGUAGACAGUCCAGUGCUGAUUCCAUUACUCGGACAGGAACAGGGGCAGACGAUGAAGAAGCUUUACCUGCAGGAUGGGCAACAGGUGUAGCUCCAAAUGGCAGAGUUUUUUAUAUUGACCAUAACACUGCCAAAACUACUUGGGAGGAUCCAAGAAAACCAAGAUCUGGCAGUAUGCGUGUUAGUCAAGAUGAUGCCAGCUCACCUGGUUCAAGUUUAAUGAGGCCUUCUUCUAAUGAAGAUCUUCUAAGAAAUUUAGGACCUUUACCAGAUGGUUGGGAAGAGAGAACACACACAGAUGGACGUGUCUUUUAUAUCAAUCAUAAGGCUCGUAAGACACAAUGGGAAGAUCCCAGAUUGCAAGCUUUAGGAGGACCAGCUGUGCCGUAUUCAAGAGACUUUAAAAGAAAAUAUGACUACUUCAGAUCAAAGUUACGAAAACCUAGCAACGUGCCAAAUAAGACUGAUAUUAAAAUUACUCGCAGUAAUAUAUUUGAAGAUUCAUUCAGAAUAGUGAUGGGAAUUAAAAGAUCUGAUCUGCUUAAAACAAGGCUAUGGAUAGAAUUUGAUGGUGAAGUUGGUUUGGACUAUGGUGGUUUGGCCAGGGAAUGGUUCUUCCUGUUGUCUAAGGAAAUGUUUAAUCCUUAUUAUGGUCUGUUUGAGUACUCAGCCACGGAUAAUUACACAUUGCAGAUCAAUCCAUUGUCUGGAAUCUUCAAUGAAGAUCAUUUAACAUAUUUCCAGUUUGUUGGACGUGUAGCUGGUAUGGCAGUGUAUCACGGCAAAUUAUUAGAUGCAUUUUUCAUCCGACCAUUUUACAAGAUGAUGUUGGGAAAGAGGAUUACGCUGGAUGAUAUGGAGUCAGUGGACUCUGAGUAUUACAAUUCUAUGUGUUAUAUUCGUGAUAAUGACCCCGAGUGUUUAGAUCUUUACUUUUCUAUUGAGGAGGACUACUUUGGUGAGAUUACUGAGAGAGAGUUAAAACCAAAUGGCAAAGAUAUUUUAGUAACAGACGCUAACAAAAUGGAAUAUUUAGAUCUGAUAGUGAAGUGGAGGUUUGUGUCCCGUGUUGAGACUCAGAUGAGACAAUUCAUGAAAGGAUUUAAUGAACUCGUGUCCAGUAGUAUGCUGGCCAUCUUUGAUGAGAAUGAGUUAGAGUUGUUGAUGUGUGGUCUUCAAGAUAUUGAUGUUAAUGACUGGAAGAACAAUAGUGCCUAUAAGGGAGAAUACAACCCUAACCAUCCUGUCAUUAUCUUUUUCUGGAAGGCUAUUUAUUCGUUCAACAAUGAAACCCGUGCUAGAUUACUCCAGUUUGUUACUGGAACUUCCCGUGUUCCAAUGAACGGCUUUAAAGAACUACAUGGAAGUAACGGUCCACAGUUGUUCACAAUAGAAAAAUGGGGCAAUAUAACUCUGCUUCCAAGAGCUCACACAUGUUUUAACCGCAUUGAUUUACCACCAUACGAGUCAUAUUCAGAGUUACGUAAGAAACUGUUAAUUGCGAUAGAGAAUGCACAAGGUUUUGAAGGUGUUGAUUGAGCAGAAUUUAUUCUCAUUGUCACCUCAUACAUUCUAUACACAUUACACACUGUAAGGAAACCAGUCACAUGGGCGGAGCUAUUGGACUGAUUUCUAGUCUUCAAUUUCGUGCAGGAGAAUCAUCAUUGGUGCAACUGGUUUGCUAUAUCAGUUCAUUAUUUUAUAUAACACUACAAACUGUAAGGGAACCAGAUAUAUAGAAGAGAGUGAUUGCAAAGCUUUGCUACCCUGUGAGAGACAUCAUCAAUUGCACCAUUAUACCUUGGUUAUCAACUCGUCAGAUUUAUGUAUACGCAUUGAUAUUACUAUCAACAUGAGGGCAUAUAUGUAUGUUUAACUAGCAGAUGAUUAGCCUUGUUGCUUCUGAAAGUUCAGUCUCGUGGACAUAGAUCUAGUGUUGUCAGAUAUCGUCUCCCAAGUAUUCUUAGCAAUAGUAACCAAACAUUUUGAAACAAGCUUACUAAAUGGCAUUUUUAUAAUCUUAUGUCUUUCAUUACAGUUGUGGGUUAUUUUUUUUAUAAGACAAAGGGGACAGAAACACUAAUUGAUCAUGUCUUAAUUGGAAAUGUGGUGGUGUUUUAAAUUCUGAGUCAAGAACAUUUUACUUUAUACAGAUAUCAUAUGGUACUGUUACAUGUUAUGUCUAAGUUGUUAUUGUUGUACAUGUACUUUAUGACAAGGUCUUAUUGUGACACACACACAUAUAUAAUAUAUAUACCGUAUAUAAAAAGCUGUUAAUGUAUUACAAGACUUUGUAUAUUACUGGGACAGGUUUGUAGUGAUAUGUGUGUAUCAAAUUGAACACAUGACCAGAUAUGUUACGAACUUGCCAAUCAAGUUGAUACAGUGAUAUGAUUGUACUCAUAUUCAGGCUUUUUGUAAGAUGAGUUGUUAGAUAUACAAUGUACUAUACAUGUAUAUUGUCACCUUAGUGCAGUAACAGGUUAACUCCUUAUAUAAUUUAAUGGGAGUUAAACUGUUACUUCAUUCAGGUAAGGAUAUUUAUGUAUAUUUGAAAUAUGUGGACAGAUACUAUGUACACAUUUAAAAAAAUGUUAUUUAUUGCUAUGUAUACAAACAAUUGAAAUAAUUGUUUUAAUUGUUUUACUAUGAUCAUUUUGUUGUUGAGAAAUUUAACAUUUUUUGACCAAAAAAAUGAAUGAAUAUAUUGCCAUUAUAUUAGAUUGUUUAAAUCCAAGAAAAAUGAAAUAUAUUAUGAUUCCCAACAUAUCUGGAGAUUUGUUUACAGUAAAACGGCAUUAAGUAGAAGUUAAAGGGACUAUGUCAAAACUUCAACACAUUGAGAAAAUGACUAAGGGAAGUUCUGUAAUUGUGAAAUAUUUAACAAAUUGAAUAUUUUUUAAUAGAAUUUAAAAUUACGGUAAUAUUUAUAAUAGCUGUAUUUUGUUUAUAUUGUUAUAAAAAAUUCAAGUUUUGUAUAUUAAUUUUAUGCAACAAAGAGGAAGACAAUUUGGUGGGUCUUGUAGCUUAUUGAUGAUAUUUUGUGGACUAUGUAUCAAAUUAGAAGGUUUUUUUGUGGGAUUAUAUAAUCAGUAUAUAGUUUGUUAUAAUUGUAUGAAACCAGUUAUCCAAGAUAUGAUUGAGAGAUGUUUUGUUUUUGUGCUUAAAGGUGACGGAUAGAAUUUAAAUGGAUUUGUUAAAGUGGCAUGCCUCCAGAUUUAUGUCAUUUUAUUUUUUAUAGGUAUAAAAAAAACUUCAUAACUUCAAGGUUUUACAGAGAAGGAAAAGGGAAAUGAUAUGUUUCAUAUUUAUAAUUUAUAAUAUAUUAAUUGAAAACACAAAAUGUAAUUUUCAGCCCAGUUAAUUUUAUAACAGAUUUUCCCUGCUUAGAAUAUGGAUCUGUUUAUUUUUAUUUUAUCAAAAAGCUAAAGUUGAGUAGUCAACAGUAUAGAGUUGAGUCAGAUUGCUUAGAAAAUACUAGAAUACAACAACAAAAAAAAAACUAAAUCAGACAGGAAAAAGAGCAUCAUGAUAUACAAAGUUGAAUAGAUUUAAGUUUCUAGUAGUGAAUAACUUAGUCUUUCAUUUGAUAUGGUAGUGAAUAGACUUGCUUUCCAAUUGAUACAGUAGAGAAUAGAUCACCCUGCUUAAAUAACUGAAGUAAUGCAUAUAUUGACCUUCCAUUUGCUUCUUUAACAUUAACACAUAAAAAUUUAAAUGUUGAGGUUUGAACAUUUUCUGCUUUUGAGUUGCUAGAUUGUACAUGUAUGAAGCUGCAUGUCCUCAGAUAAGAAAAAAAAUUGGGAGAAAAAAAAAUGAAAAAAAGAGAAAAACAUGAGAAAAAUAUGUUAAUAGUGAAAAUAAUGUAUGUUUAUGUAAUGCAUGUUUAAAACAAAAUAUAACAAAAUAGUUAAUUUUGUCUUCAUCUUCCUACCUUGUUUCUAAUGGCUUAAGGGCAAUUUUUGUAACUAUUUGAUAGUAUAUAUUUCAUUGGAUAGGCGUACAUUUAGGUUAUAUAACCAGAAAGUUAAACACAAAUCUGGAGGUAUGUGCCCUUAAAGAAGUAUGUCAGUUGACUUAGGAAUAUAACAUGAGGACUUGUUGCAAAAUGAAUAUUAUAAGAAAGUCAAGUGAAAGAUGCUAUCAUUUUGUAUUAAGUCGUGGUAUAAAAGUGUUCAUCAGAUUAUUGUAUAGGUCAGUACCAACCAAAUUGUCAUUAUGAAGUAUUUUUACCUCAUUAUAUUAUACCUUUUUCCUCAUACCUUGUUUUCUCCUGUCAAACCAUGACAGUUAUGUUAAGGUUGAAAUGCAUGACCUUUGAUGUUUUUCAAUAUGGUUUUAAGGCUGCUUGCUCAAUGUUAUGUUUUUUGUACAGUUUCAUUUUAGUCAAUCAUAGAACAUUUCUAUGUACAUCAUGGCAAAACAGUAGAUUUUUUAUGCAUAAUUAUGUUCAAUUGUAAGAGAAGUAGGAAUACUCUUUUACAUGUUAAUUUCAUUCUUCAAGAAAUGUCUCAUAUCAGUCUGGUUGACUUUAAGUAUCAUUUUUUUCUGUGAUUUUUUCACCAGAAAAAUUAAUGAUUUUCAUCUAGUGCCCUGGAGCAUAAUGUCAGGAUUUCGUUUGGUUGUUUUGGGCAGAUUUAUGGCCCUUUUUCACAUAAGUAAUAUUGAUGGGAAACCUGAUUUCGUGAUAAUUGCCUGUCAACAAUAACAAAUUAAUAACAAAAACUAAUAACAAAAAAACAACAAUAUUUUAGAAAAGACUUGUUUCAGCCAUAUGGAAAUGUUUCUUGUGUUUUCUCCACAUAGAGCACCUACUUCAUGAUGACAUCAAAUCUUGGCAUCACUAUGUAUAAAUUCAUUAGCUUAUAUUUGCAGAUUUUUGUUACAUUAAUAACAUGAAAAGGAUUAUAAGUAUAAACAUAUUUAUUUUAGCUAGAUUGUGAAACAAGUUCUAGUAACUUAUGUUAAUCACAUUUAAGUCUAUAUCGAGUCUGCAUCCUGGCACUAACCAGUACUGGUGUAAUAUGAGGAAACAUGGUCGUGAUCUGGGUACGACUCGAAAGACAAUUAUUUAUGUGUUUGCAAUGAUCAUGAACAUUGCUGAAGUUUCCUUUGAUAUAUGGUUAGGUGAAUAAGUAUAGUAAAUAUUCUCAUCAGAAUUCUUUAUAUUCUCGUACCGAGUACUUGUGAAAUAUUAAAGUUUUUACUCGAAAUGUAUAUAAUAGUGAAUAGGAAAAAUAUAAAGUAUGUGUCAAGAAUAAGUAACAUUAAUUUAUAUGUCAUUCAUUGUUGAUGCUUUCUGUCCGAGUAGAAUUUAUGAUGCCGAAAGAACAAACGUUUAUAAUUUUCCCUGUUGUGAUAAAAAUGCAUGAUUUUUUCUGUUUCCCAGCAUUAUAUAAUUAAUGUGUUAUUUUACAUUAUAAGAUUUUUCUUAUUAAUUGUAUUUGAGUUUUUUAUUAAAAAAAUGAUGAAAAUUGUGCUGUUGUUAUAUAAUUUAUAUGAUUAAAAGAAUUCAAUGCAAAUGUGUAGCUGUUUUUGUUGUUGUUUUGGUUAUAUUUAGUGUGAUUUUAUUUGGUUCUGUAUGAAUAGUAGAAACAAAAUUGAAUGGUUGAUGAUAUUUGAAAUAGAAAAUAUAGAUAUAAUCUUGUUAAAAUGAGCUUUGAUAGGUAUGGAGAGUCUCAUUGUUGUCAUAACAAAUCUUUUGAAUAUUUACUUCCUCAUUGAUAUAUUUAUAUUAUUCUAAGUUAGUGAUACCAUUAUUUACCUCUUUUAAGAAAUCAAAUACCAGAAUGUUUUCAACAAUUCUGAUUAACUUGUUUUCCAGUUCCACUGUGUCACAAUGAUUUUUAAAAUGUUACCUCUUUCAUUAAUUGUAGCUCUCCACAUGUCCAUUAUAUCUCUGGUAUAUAUUUACUUGUAGGCAUUUUAUGAAAUUUUCCUCCUGACUUGCCAAAAUUUGGGCUUGGAGGCGUUUAGCUUUGAAUUUUGAACCAUAUAUUAUCUACCUUAGGAGAUGACAGGGUAAAAAUAACCUGGAAGUUAAAAUUUACAAAGAAUUGAGCACCAUCCUCAUGUUCACAAUGCAAAGAAAGAAUCAAAGAAAGUGUAUUUUAUUUUAAGUGUCGUGUGAAACUUCCAUUGGUCAUAUUAGGGUUAUACUACAUGUAGUACACUUUGGUACAAAUUCAUUCAAAAUAUUCAAAACUGCUGAUUGGCCAUAAAUCUCAUUCUCAGAUUAACACAAUACAUG